CUCAUCAAACUCUCACACCAACACAAAGUUCUUCAGCCCGCUCUCUCAAUCAAAGAGUUCACAAAUAUCUUCAUUCACUGUGAGCAGGUAAACAGAAGGGCAAUGGGAGUUUCAGCAGCAGGGAUGGUCCAGCUGGGAGUUUCGUUCGUAGCGGUCUGCUUGCUUGCUAUUGCUGAGCCUGGGCAUGCUGCAACCAGGCACUAUACCUUUGAUAUCAACCUCCAAAAUGUGACCCGGCUCUGCCACACCAAGAGCAUGGUGACAGUUAAUGGACAGUUCCCAGGGCCCAAGAUUAUGGCAAGAGAAGGUGAUCGUCUACUGAUCAAAGUCGUCAACCAUGUCCAAAACAACAUGUCCAUCCAUUGGCAUGGGAUCCGGCAGUUAAGAAGCGGGUGGGCGGAUGGACCAGCAUACAUAACCCAAUGCCCGAUUCAGACCGGUCAGAGCUAUGUCUACAACUACACCAUUGUUGGCCAGAGAGGAACCCUAUGGUGGCAUGCACACAUCUCGUGGCUUAGGUCUACUGUUUAUGGUCCUAUCAUCAUCCUUCCCAAACUUGGUGUCCCUUACCCAUUUCAGAAGCCUUACAAGGAAGUUCCCAUCCUCUUUGGGGAGUGGUUUAAUACUGAUACAGAAGCAAUCAUCAAUCAGGCCACAAUAACAGGCGGAGGCCCAAAUGUCUCUGAUGCCUACACAAUUAAUGGACUUCCAGGCCCAUUAUACAACUGCUCAGCUAAAGAUACGUUCAAGCUGAAAGUGAAACCGGGCAAAACCUACAUGUUGCGACUGAUCAACGCUGCUCUCAAUGACGAGCUAUUCUUCAGCAUUGCAAACCACAGCCUGACCAUCGUCGAUGCCGAUGCAGUAUACAUCAAGCCUUUCUCCACCGACGUGAUCCUCAUCACUCCUGGUCAAACCUACAACGUCUUGCUUAAAACCAAACCGGUUCACCCCAAUGCUGCUUUUUUCAUGGCCGCCAGGCCAUACGUGACUGGACAGGGCACUUUCGACAACUCAACCGUUGCCGGAAUCCUCGAAUACGACCAUCCAUCAGACGCCAAAACCCACCCGAUUUUCAAACCAACCCUACCCGCGCUAAACGACACCGCUUAUGCGACAAAAUUCACCAACAAGCUGCGUAGCUUGGGAAGCAAGCAAUUCCCUGCCAAUGUUCCACUGAAGGUUGACAGGCAAUUUUUCUUCACCGUGGGCCUGGGAACCAACCCAUGCCCGAAGAACCAGACCUGCCAGGGCCCAACUAAUUCGACCAAGUUUGCAGCCUCGAUCAACAAUGUCUCGUUUGUGAUGCCGACGACGGCUCUGCUUCAAUCGCAUUACACCGGUCAAUCGAACGGCGUCUAUUCUCCGUACUUCCCAAUGAGUCCUCUAAUUCCGUUCAACUACACCGGAACCCCACCAAACAACACGAUGGUGAGCAAUGGCACGAAGUUGACGGUGUUGCCAUUCAAUACUAGCGUGGAGCUGAUACUCCAGGACACCAGCAUUUUGGGGGCAGAGAGCCACCCGCUUCACCUGCACGGGUUCAACUUCUUCGUUGUGGGGCAAGGAUUUGGCAACUUUGACAAAACCAAAGACCCGGCCAAGUUCAAUCUGGUUGACCCGGUUGAGAGGAACACAGUUGGGGUUCCUUCGGGUGGGUGGGUCGCUAUCCGGUUCCUGGCUGAUAACCCAGGGGUGUGGUUCAUGCACUGUCAUCUGGAAGUUCAUACGAGCUGGGGACUGAAGAUGGCUUGGGUUGUUUUGGAUGGAAAGCUUCCCAAUCAGAAGGUUCUCCCUCCACCUGCUGAUCUGCCCAAGUGCUGAGAAAUACAUUUACGUGCCCGCUUCAUACGAGCACAUGCCCGACCACAAGCUGUUUUUCCUCUUUUCUCUUUGGUGAUUUGAUUGAUUUUUUUGUAACUUUGAUUUGAUUUUAUUUCAUGAUGAGAGCUACUAUUGAAUAAUUUCUAACUACUCCACUGUUGGCGAGGGAUAGAAGAGACCGGAUGAAAUUUGAGGAGAAUUUAGAGAAACUAUGAGAUAUUGUAAUUGAUGAAAUUAUUUAUUAUUGGUUUUUGAAAAGAUUCAAUGGCAAUGAUGUCUGUUCCCUACAGCUGCAACUUUCAUUUUUUAGAGAGAACAAUUCAAUUAAUGUGAUAGACAAAA